AUGCGUCGUGCUGGUCGCAAGUCGGUGCAAAGGGAGCUGGCGGACGUCGAGCACAAAAUAUUUAUAGAGGCUGCCAAGCGCCAAGAUGCCGAAAAGGCGCUCCUGCAGUUUCGCUCCCAGCAGUCACCACUUCCUUUUGACAACUCCAGGGCAAUGCGGGACGUCCUGGACGAAAUUGAACAAGUGACGGGUGAGAAGCGAAGGCUCCGCGAAUGGCUAGAGCGUGGCGUUGCAGAGGCCGGGCGUGUGUCGGGGCAGUUACCACACAUUUCCGAGGCUAUUCAUCGUGCGGGAGAGCUUGAAAACGAGAUUCGGCAGACGCUGCAGAAGAUGAACAAACGCCAUAAUGAACUUCAACAGCAACUCCGCGGAGCGAGUAUGCAAGUUAGUUUGCUGCAGCAGGAAGCUGCCACAAGGGAAGGCAGUGGUACCGUGCAAGUAGCGCUGAACAGCCCCAAGCAGCCGGAAUGUGACCCACUUCUUGAGGACUGCCUGAACAUGGCGAAUAAAAUUGAGCAUUUGAAGGACCAAUGUGUACUACUCGAGAAGGCGGAGGCGGCGAUGGAGUGCCUCUUCACAUGUUCUCGUCGAUCGCUUCACAAGCUUGGAAAGCUUAGCGUUGCCGUGAAUACUAAUAACAUCUGGGAUGGCUUGGAGACCACCCCUAACGAGAGCGACUCCUUUGAUUCAGAGGACGGCGCAGACGGUGCAGACGACGCACGUUCCACACGAGUUUUUUUUCUUCCGCAAAGGUGGUCAUUGACCGCUGUGACUCGUGUCUUUGUACAAUUUGGUCUGGCGUGA